AUGCCACGUUCCCGUGCUCCAUUGUGGCGAAGAAGCGAGGCGUCAUCUUAUCUUGUGCGCUCGCCAAGUACGGCGAGUGGCGUAGAAAACAUGGAUAACAUUGUUAGUGGUGGCUAUAGCAAGAGACGGAAGAGGUCCAAAGAUGCACCGGCUCUUGACGUGCUUAGCUUGGUGCCGAGUGAUGACAGCAGUGUCGUCACCGCCACUCCAGUUACGAGCGCAGGGGUCUUUGUGACGCCUAGCCCCAUUCUUGCCACGCUGUCAACAAGCGAAUGGCUCAUGCUCUCGAGGAAUCACUGUGAAUCCUCUCACCCCUCGUCCAUGGAGAAGCCAUUGUCUGGGGUUAUAAUUACCGCUGAAGUGGGAGGAUGGUUGCGUGUGCGGGACCAACGGAAUGGUACUAUUCGCUAUCAGCGCCGUCUGCGCUAUGUGAGUAAUCCCUCAUGUCUAUGCUGGAGCUUAUCUUUCUGCUGCAUAUUCUUCGUUGGUCAGCAAUGUGGUUUAUUGACGAUGCUGCAACUGAAAAAUGAAAGCAUCAUUGAGGUUGCGGAUUGCGUGCUUCACGAAGCCCCGAUUGUGGCGAUGGUUCGUGUGUUUGUAAAUGUGCAUGGUGGCGCAAAAGGGUCAGUCGCUGUUGAAAAGGCCUCUGGCACAGCACAGGAGUUGCUUCUUACCCUUGAUGCAAAUGGCGUUUUGGCCGCGUGGAAAACAGCGGAUCUUUGCUGUUUGCAGACGGUUCAGCUAUCUCACCCGCCUUUUCGUUGUCUGACUUCGGAUGAGAGUUUGCCGGGUUGCGUCUUUGUUCCUGGUGGAAUUGAAGGGGCGUUGGCUGCAGACGGUGGUAGUGGUGUUUUUGACAUUAUGUUGCUGGAGUACCCGCAUGAGGUGGGGGCGGCGUGGAGGUCUCUCAUGACGUACGGUGGCAUUAAGGCGGCUGUCAUCUCCAUGACGCUUGCCCCGCGUCACAUUUCUUCGGGGACGGCGCAGCAGCUGACGUUAUGGGGUGGAACGGAAACUGGUGCUAUUUACAUGUGGGAUGUUGGCAGCGGUACACUGUUGCGACGUGUAGAUGAGGUCACUCCUUCGUGUUCACCGAUACAUUAUCUUUACUGCGCCCUACACAUGGAUCCACGGCACAUGUGGGUCUGUACUCGAGGCGGUAGCGUCACACUGUGGGAUACCAGUCGAUUGAUGAUGCUCAGUGAACUCCCGGUGAGUUACCCAAAGGGACCCGCUGUGAGCCGCCCGAGUUCCAGGUCACGUCAUCUCCACAGUGGCGGCAGCGGGACGGAUGCUGACACGUGUUUUCUGCGGCAUUUGGUCUCCGAUGCGUCCGAGGCACCAAGUCACUUUACCCUCUUUGUUAGGCCGAUUGAACCGGUUGUGACAUUACGGCUCUGGGCCGCGGCAACGGACGGGACAGUGCGGUCGUGGUUGUGUCAGACAACUUUGUCGGGUCUCUCUGCCGGGGAAAAAUCUUCAACAUUGGGAGCCUCCCACAGCACAUCUCAUGCCGCGGGGGCGGUGCCAGCGAGCGUCAUGGAUCGUGACUCUAACGUCAUUGAAAAGGAGACCGUCCGCGUGUUUAUUGAGGGAAAAGCCCGACUAUUUGUGGAGGAAACAACUGCACUGCGCAAUGAUGUCUCGCGACUCAUGCGUGAGGUUGCAGCCCUGCAGGCGAGGAAUCGCGUCUUGGCGGAUGCUCUUAAAAAAGCUAUUGGCCGCAUUGCCAGCCGUACGGAUGAUGAUAAUGAUGUGUCAAAAAAAAAGCCACAUGUAGACUCGCCCCUGUCCGAAGCCUCUCCACCGAGGGUGACGGGAGAGACGCCGCAUACCGACUCGAUACGAGUCGUGUUGAAGGAACUACACAGCAGGCUGCAGGAUGCCUUUGACGAAAGUGAAAAACUUGCUGCGGAGAAAAUGGCGCUGCGUUUGCAGCUUACUGAUAAAACACAGCGGCCCGAGUCGUCUCAAGAGGGGCCUGCCGCGUUAACGUCGGUUAAUUCCUCCCAGCAGGAGGCGGUCAUUCGGGGGAAUCAACUAACGAUGGGGUGCCUGCAGGAAGAGCUUGCUAUAUGCCAAGAGACGAGCACAAGCUACAUGCAUCAUUGGCAAGAGGAGCAGGUACGUCGCGAGGCCGCGGAGAGGGAGUGUGAGUUGUGCAAGCAACGUCUCCUGACGUUGGAGAAAGAGUUGGAUCGCGCCAGAACUCUACUAUCCCUUCAUGCCAUGGAUGCCUCAGGGGGGCAGAAUAACACUCGCCAGGCCGUACAGAAUGAAGGCAUAGAUGGGGGGAGGGAGUUGGAAAAGCUUGCCUUUUGUUCCGGUGCACUGAGUGGAAGGAUAGACGCCUCCAUCGACGCUGCUGCUGCCAUGCACGAGUUGGAGUCAGCGCAGGCAGAACUCCUUCGGCGAGAGCGGAGGCUGGCGGAAGCGCAAGAGAGGUUGCAGGAGAUGCGGAGAGAUGUCCAGCGGUCGCGAGAGGAAGUGGAUGCCAAGGCGGCAGAAUUGCACCACACGCAGCAGCGGCUAGUGGAAAAAGAGUCUAUUCUACUUGAACAUGCUGAACGACUGUGCGCCCUCGAGGAGGAGCUACGCCGCAAGGAGCGUUGUUUGCUACUAUGGCGCGGUUACAGUCGUUGA